AUGGUAGAAAUGCUACUAGAUUGGAACAAGGAUCUUACCGAAGAGAAGGACCUAAAUGGCAGCACCCCUCUUCACUCUGCGGUUUCGGCGCUGUACUCUGAAGAUCGCAUGCGUAGAUGUUACACUCUUGUAUGUGGCAAUGGCCUAUGGUAUAGAGCUUUCCCCUAUAUGUUCCCCAAUAUGACCAGGUUUCCGAUGGAGAAACAGGCAGCAUGGCAUAUACUUGAAGCGAACCCAUCUUCAGCAUAUCAGCAUGAUAAUAACGGUUUGUUUCCUGUACACAUCGCUGCCUUGAUGGAUAAGAAGGUUGCCAUCCGUAUUCUUCUCAAAGGAUGCCGUGGUUGCAUCACUCUUCCUGAUAAGCAGGGGAGAUCCUUUCUUCACAUUGCUGUCCGGAACAAGGUCCACCAUAUAGUAAAAUAUGCUUGUGAAGCACCAGUUUUUGCGCCCAUACUGAACGCUCGGGACAAUGAUGGCAACACCGCACUACACCUAGCUGUGGAGGUUGAGGAUCUAAUCAUCUUCUGUCAUCUCCUGCGGAAUCCAAAAGUAUUAUUAAAUGUGAGAAACAACAAGGAUCAAACUCCGCUGGAUCUAGCAAGGAGACGACGAAAAUAUUCCUAUAUCCAGAAUCCGGAGAGAGUGAUAUACAUGACACUCAUCGAUGCCAGAGCUAGUCAUGGUAGCUUCUGGAGAGAUCGUGUUCAACAUCUCUGCAUUCAGAAUCAGUUGUCAAUCAAGAAAGAUGAAGAGAAUCAAUCAGAGGAACAGGAUGAGGCGGACGGUAAGAAUGUAGAGGAAGAAGACAGAACAGAGGCGGGCCCGGUAAAAGAGCUCGUACAACUGUUGAAGCAAAAAGUGUAUGAAGAGAAAAAAGAGGCGAUAGAGAAAAACGACUCGGAUCAGAUGAAUGAUAUAACCCGGACACUUGGCCUUUUAUCAGUACUCAUCACAACGAUGACAUUCGGUGCAACCUUCGCCGUACCUGCAGCAGUCAAAGCAGGCAACAGCAGCAACGGUGGCAUUCCAGCAGGAGUUUCCAGUAGCUGGUAUUUCCAUGCGUUCAUGACGGCCAACGCGACUGCUUUCGUCUGCUCCUUAAUAGCUACACUUUGCCUCAUGUUCUCCGGCAUGUCCAUCAUUAAACUGCAAGAUCGCCGAAAAUACUUCCAGGUAGCCCUCUUCUUCACCCCGGGUUCGCUCACCAGCUUGACUGUUGCAUUUGGCCUUGGCCUACGUACGGUGCUGGCUCCAGUAGGUCGUACGCUUUCCGAUGCCAUAUUCGUCCUCAGCUCUCUUGUGCUGCUCUAUCCAAUGUUGGAUUUUGUUACACGACUGGUUUGGACUUACCAACCGCUCUCUGUCAGGCGGGGCCACAUAUUCGUAUGCUGGAUAUUUAUAGGCCGUACCUUUCAUGUGUGUCUAGGUCGGUUUUGGCCCAUCAUAUUUAUCUUUAUUAUGUCAACCUCAAAUAAGACUUGGCGUUGAAGAAGCGGCAUCAAACAGAGAUCAAGUGUGGCUAAUUACUGUGUAAAGCCCAGUGCAGA